GAAAACUGGGGUCUAGUCGUAGAAACAAAGGAAGACAGCACUUCAAAGACUCUGACUCCACAUCCGCUGGGGGAAUGAGAAAAAAUAGAUCAACUGUAAAUGACAACGAAAACACAGAAAAUAUGUCAGAGGAUGACACAAUUUUAUCACAGAAUGUGGUGGGCAACAACACAAUUGUGACAACAGAUAUUACUUCAAGGUCAGGCAAAGAUGACUCUGUCAAAUCAAAUAAGAAUGUGACUGAGGAGGAAAAUCACCCCAUAAAAGAGACUGAGGAUGUUGACAAAGAAAGUACUAUGCAACAGACAAAUGAUACAUCAGAAACUGUUGGAAAUGUCACAAUUAAAGACUGUAAAACAGGACCAGAGAGUUCAAUGUAUGUACACGUUUAUGGACAGGAUGAAGAUGGAGAACAAUUUGAAGAACAUACGAAGAAAGAACACGAAGCCCAAGAAAUUAAUGUUUCAAAGGAGAUCACGCAUGUUGAACUGUUUUCUGAUCCACACAACAGAACUGAUACUUUGGCUACAUUUGACAUUGGCCUUAAGGAUGAAAACCUGCGAGCAGAGCCAGCUGUAGACGUGUCUGAGGAAAGUGGAAUUUCCAGCCAGCCAGGGAUGCAAGAAAAAACUAAUUUAGAUGACACUGAUAAUUUGCAAGGAAGGUCCAACCAGAAGAGGAGAAAGAUGGGCUCUACUCGCCGGAAUCAACUCCAUAAAGAACCAGAGGAAACAAGAGUAGAAACAAAAGAAAGUGACAAAGAAGCUGACAUGAGAAUUUUUGACAAGAUGGAAGUAGUGGAGGAGUUAACAAUGAUUGCAACUGCGGACGCAUCACAGAAUGAAAAUGCAAAACCGUCACUAAGUCUUGUGCAACAGGAAACCAAUGAAACCAGCACUGUGGACGGCAAGGGGCAAAAGCUACAAAGCUCUGACCUGCAGAGCAACAUGAUUUCAAACAUAGAUUAUUCAAAGGCUCUCCCUCCUGAGCAAUCUGCGAGUAAACAAGAGCUGGACAAUGCAAAUGAAGGAGCUCACAAUAAAAAUCUUGAGAUGAAGAAUGCAAGUUCACAUUUAGAUUCAACCAGCAGGAGAAGAAAGAUGGGCUCCACCCGCAGGAAUCUUGGAACAGGAACCAAACAAGAAGACUUGCAUCAAAAGCAGGACAUGAAUGAUGAAGCAACAGAGACUGCAACUAAUGUUAGAGAUGUAAAGACUGAAAGUUCCUCAAGCAUCAUAAGAGAUGAGCUACAACUUCACGUGAAACCCAAAGAGAGUGGCACUGAAACAAUGGAGUACAGCGACACUGGUGAGUCUCACAAACCUCUGGCCCACCAGACAUUUGAAGAAAAUCCUGUUUCUCAAGGCCAACUAUUAGAAACAGAGCCUCAACUGACUCCCAGUUAUCUCCCAGCAAUACCAUCCACUUCUCCCAAACAUGAUUUAAUAUCAGAAUCAGCAUCUGGUGGAAGAAGAAGAAAAAUGGGAUCUCACCGGAAGUCACAUGGACACCAAAACUAUGAAAACCAAACUGCCAGAGGGGACAGAAUAACAGAUGCACGAAAUGAGAGAGAUGUCAGAAGUAUCAGAGAAGAAAGUGGCAUCAAGACUGAAGAGCUGAGAGAAGAAUGUUUGGGCCCGGACCAAAUACCAAAGGUUGAUGAAAGUCACAAGAAUCCAUCAUCCAACCUCAGCGCCUCAAAGGAAGGAGAGCACUCGAGGCCUGUGAGUGAGAAGACACCUGAACCAGUGUCUCCAGUUCAACACCAUUAUGCUGAAAUCCAAAGCCAAGAGAGUCAACAGACGUUUUCUCUGGGACGUCGAGCAGAUUUGAGAUCAAACGCUUAUAAUGUGAUGAUGGUUGGAGACAGCAGUGUCGGCAAAACCUCCUUCAUGAAAAGAGCUCAAAGUGGGAAGUUUUCUUUAGAUUUACCCGCCUCUGUUGGACUUGAUUCCUGCAUGUGGACCAUGGUAGUGGAAGGAAAGCCUGUGGUGCUGGAGUUGUGGGAUACAGCGGGUCAAGAAAGGUUUCACAGCAUCACAAGACAGAUUUUCCACAAAGCCCACGCAUUUCUCUUGAUGUAUGACAUCACUUCCUCCCAGAGCUUUUCUGCAGUCAGCUACUGGGCAAAGUGUAUUCAGGAAGGGGCUGCAGAAAGUGUGACCAUUUUACUUGUUGGCAAUAAGAGUGAUCGUGCAGAGCGGCAGGUUAAAACUCAGGAGGCGGAAAUCCUUGCAAAGGAAUACAACUUUGAAUUCAUGGAGUGCAGCGCUGCCACAGGUGAAAAUGUGGUUCAGUCUUUGGAAACUGUGGCCAGGAUGUUGAGUCAAAAUGUUGACACAAGAGAUGAUGCCAUGGUGUUACACAAAGAGCCCCAACGAAAAACAUCAAGAUGUUGCUGAACAGGAUGAAAACUCUCUGAAGUGGAAAUACAACCAUCUUUUAAUCAACACAUGCUGUUUUGUUAUUUCUACCAAGCCUUACAAGUACAUUAUUGAUUUAGAGCUGUGUUUUCAAAUGGUGCACUAUGGGUGCUUUGGAGUACUGGAGGGCUAAGUAGGAUGUAUAUUUUGUAUUGUUAGUUACUAAUGUUGAUAUAUAUAUAUAUUCCUCAAAUAAUUAUACUACAAUAAAUUCAAUAACAAUGUAAAUGUAAAUGUAAACCGCUUUUGCCCCCUUGUUUUUCACCCAAAAUGUUUUGCACUGGUCAGGGGGUAAAACAUAUUUCAAAGAGGGUACAUUAUUGAAGUUUGAGAACCACUGAUUUAUAGUAAAAUGUAAGAGUAAGCUAUUACUCUCACAUUUUCCCAGUAAGACAUAAAAUAUACUCAAAAUGGAGCAUUUACAGAUGAGCUUGAUAUGCUUUGAUGUGUACUUACUGUAUACCUCCAUGUAUAUACUAUACUGUAUAGCUGGUGCAGGCUCACUUUAGAGGCAGGUCAGUGAACAGGUGUAAGUGAUCAAGCAAGUAGUUAUUACAUAAUGAAUAAUGGUAUUCUUUUUAUCAUUUUGCACUGUUUUAUCUUGUUAGACUGAUUUCUCUGCAAUUUGAAAUGAAUGCUUUAAGUCAGUAUUUGCAGUCGUGUUCAGACUGAGGUAGUUGCAUUUAAAGAUAAAUUAACUAAUCUCAAUGAGAAACUUAACUUUUAAUACUUAAACAUGUUCUGUUCAGAAGUCUCUCAGGUCCUUUAUAUUUAAAAAAAAACAACUAAAUUUCAACAAAGAGAAUCCAGCUAUUGAGUAUAUCUUCUAUCAUGUCUAUAUAGUUUUACUUAAAAUUGUAUAUUAUAAAUGUGUAUGUAGCAUGCAACAUUUAGCUGUUGCUGAAUCUUAACUGGCAAAUUACAAAUUUGAAGUUACAAAACGUGGUACUACAUUGACUUUAUCAAGGAUCUACCAAAAUGAAUACUUUUUAUAAUAAAUAUGACUUUUUGUAGAAUAUUUCCGUGAUUCGAAGUAUCUUGUGCAAUAACCUUGCGAACAAAAGCAUCUUUUCAUUGUUGAAGCUGUUUCGUGCAGUGUUAUUCAAUAAUUACAUUAAGUUUCUUUUGAUUUUGUAUGUUCGGCAUCUGUUCUUAAUGAAUGGCAUCAUUGCAGUUGUCACACAGUUGUCAGAUAAUCAUAAAUACGUUUCAUGCAUCUACAAUUGAAGAGAGAGGUAGUAAAAUAACUAUCAGUUAACAUAUCGUGUUUGUGUAUUUGCCUGCAACUUGUGUGACUUAAUGCCUUAUAUCAAAUUGUUCUAAUGUCUUGCCUCAUGCUUAAUAAACCUCCAGAAUGACGACUGCAUGCUCACAUAGUUCAUUUGUGUCCUUGUGAAAGUUGAGUGUUUCCAGACAAAGACAACAUUGUUCCUGUGGGAACAAGUCAUUCAAUGGUAUGAAGAGCAUGACAACAAUGACGCCACUGCAAUAACCUCAUAACAUCCCAGAGGAGCUUUUGUGGGAAACAGAAUUGUUGAGAGCAUCUUCCAACAUCAUCAGAGGACACAAGACGUUUACACCGAAUCCAAUAUGAGUGGUUUACCCAGCAGGAGAAUUUAUCUUGUUGCUGUUAAUUUAUUCAGAUAAUUCAGUUUUAGUCUGGAACAUGUAAACAUUGUCACUUUGUUCAACAUGAAGUUGCUUUAUGUACGAUGUAGGAACACGUAUUUAGAAAAGCGUUUUCAAUAACUAUGAAUAUUUAAUUCAUCUUUACCGUUUUCAAGGAAUGUCUCAUUUUCCCCGUAAUUAGUGUCACAUUUCAAGUUCUUUCCAGGAAACCCCCUAAAAAUGAUGGGGAACUACAGACAUGUGAAAUGAGUUGUUUCAAAGACGCAAUGCAUGGUGGAUGUUAACAGUGGUAAAGCUGGCUGGCUGGUUAUCUAUUGAUUUGACUUUGUUUGAAAGAGAAACAACCACAGCAGAGAUGAGGUUGUUAAACAGGAUAUGGCAAGUUGUAAAUGACUUGUGGUUGUUUUCUGCUGAUAAAAUAUGUGCAUCCUGUCAUCUACAGACCUUCAAGAGUGUUGAUUUAACUUUACUUGUCAUACAAAAAGCCACUUCGUACUAAUUCACAGUUUAAUAUCUUGUCUAUAGACACUGACAAAUUAAAAUUAUCAAAUUGCAGCAAAAACAAACAGAUUUCUUAAGAAUGUUGGUCAAAUUCUUUUUUAAUUUCAUCAAAAACAAACAAUGUCAUAAUAUGAUUUUGGGAUUAAGUUAAUAUUACAUGCACAACCGUAUAACAUUUUACCUGCAUAACAAAGGUGAAC